UCAGUAGGAUGAGUUCUUGUGUUUUCUGGUUGCCACAGAGAAGAUGUUGCGGGUAUUAUUGUCACUCACUCUUUGCUUUGAUGGAGCAAGUUCACGGAAUAUUUAUACGGAGCUGUGGUAACGAAGGACUAUCGUAUCUGACCGUUUGUAGCUAGCUAGCUACUAUAGUGGAUUUAUUGAUUUUUUUUCGCUUCGUAGCCAACAUGUUGGUUUUCGCUUAUUAUGUGUAGAAAGAUGAGCGCACGCUAACUUAAGCUAGCUAGCCAGCCAGCCUAGUGCGCCACACACAGAAGGUUAGGCUGCAUAUAAAUACUCAUUUUAGGUAUCAACCACUUGUUCAAACUAGCUUCUAGCAGACCCACUUGACAGGCUACGUUAGCUCUUGGCUUUUAGGUAGCUACUGUUAACGUGUGUUGAUUUAAUAAAUCAGUGCCACCAAGACAUACUGUAGCUAUUCUAACUGAAACGUCACCAUUGGCUUUGGAGUAAUUUGCGAUAACACAAGCAAGGCCUUGUCAGGAUGCACACUACCCGUAGCCCGUCGUCCAUCCAGGCUGGAGGAACAGGGGAUGCCCUGGACCUGUCUCUGUCAGGCUCCCAGCUCUCGGUGUCCCGCCGGCCCAGCUCUGCCUCUCCAGGGAAAGUCUUCUCCCGCUCUGUGUCUGUCUCUGUAGCCAGCGAAGGCAGGGGCAAACGCAACACACUGGGUGAUGCUGGGUUUGGCAGCUCCCGUUCUAUCAAGAACCUGAGAAGGUCCAACAGUACUACACAGGUCAACCAGCAAGCCAACAUCAGCCUAAGUGAGGACCAGACAGAAGACUUCCUUGCGUUGUUUGACAGCAGCUCAGAUGGACGCAGGAAGUUAGCCAGCCUCAGUAAGGCCUCCCCGGACCGUACCACCUGGAACAUCCUGGAUGACCAGCCAAGAGCAUUCCCUAUACCUACCAGCUCUCGCUCCACGGGCAGCGUGGACUCUCCCAUCACCAGUGGCCCGAAGAGGAGAGAGACCGGGGUAGCCCUGGCUGCCAACUUCACUGCUAACAACAGGAGCAACAAGGGAGCUGUGGGGAACUCUGUCACAACCAUCUUGCAUAACAACUACUCUGACAAACCCCUCACCCCCAAGAGCUCCAACCAGAAACCCUCCUUCAAUAACAUCCUGAAAGCCACAGUGAAUGACGAGGGACCCCUGGAGAGCAGCUCUCUGACCACCAAGUCCCAGAAGAACUUCUCCUCGUCCUCCUCUACAUCUAACAACAAUGCUGGCCAACGUAGCCCCAGAGGCUCCCCCAGCCUGCCCCGCAGGAGAGAGGUCACAGAGGAGGAGGCCGAGAGGUUCAUCCAGCAGGUGAACCAGGCAGCGGUGACCAUCCAGCGGUGGUAUAGACUCCACACCAGGAGACAGUCACAGCAUGCCAGCCAGGCUGCCCUCAGACGCAUCCUCACCACCAAGAAGAAGGAACGAGAACAGAGCGCAGAGGAGGAGAAGUCUCCAGAGGUGCAGAAGAAGGAGGAGGACCGGAAAAGGAUUCGUGAGGAGAAGGCUCGUCUUGCCCGCGUCGCAGCCAUUCAGGAGCUGCAGCAGAAGAGAGCCCAGAGGGCUGCUGAGAUACAGGCCUUGGCCCAAGAGGAGAUGGAGACCCUGAGACAGAGUGGCAAGGUGGGCCAUAAGAAACCGACUAAGACCACCACCUCCUCCCCCAGCAACAAGAGCCCCACAUCCCCCUGCAACAGGAACCCUAUUUCCCCCACUGGCUCUGACGUCAAGGCCCAGAACACAGACUCUAACAAUGUGAACGUUGUGACUGACCUGGAUGACGUCACCAACCUGAGACCGCUGUCCCCUGCACUGUCCAAUCGCAGAGACUCUCAAUGCUCUCAGGAGAUUCUGCAGCGGUCAGUGAGUGUGGAGGACCAGCGCCAGGGGGCGCCAUCGAGCAGAGCCCAUUCUAAGACCACCCUGAACGACCUGCUGGACACUCUGAAGCUCCUAGAGGAAGAACCAGAGAGGCUGUCUGAACCCAAGAGCUACCACAAGGAGAAGUACUCCUGGAUAGAUGAGGAUGGAGACUCCAACUCCCUGACCACUGAUAACCUGGAGCGUCAUGGUCAGCUGGUCCAUACCCCUGUGCUGCCAGACGGGGGCGCUCUCCUCUCUGAGGCCAAACUACAGAGCAUCAUGAGCUUCCUGGAUGAGAUGGAGAAGUCUGAACAGGAGAGACCUCGAUCUGUCACCUCAGGGUCACACAAAGAGAUGUUGUCAGAAGAGGAGCUUGCGGGAAUAGAGCAGGCCUCGGCCACGGCUGCUGAGGUCACUGGCUCCAUGAUGAGACUGAAGUUGGAGCUGGAGGAGAAGAGGCGCACUGUCAACAUGCUGCAGACCGCUCUGACCCAGCAGAGGGAGUUGACAGUGAGGCAUGUGAAGGAGACAGAGAAGGAAUUGAGCAGGAACUUCACUCUGCAGAAGGAGCAGUAUGAAGCCACCAUCCAGAGACACCUCACCUUUAUAGACCAGCUAAUAGAUGAUAAGAAGGCUCUGAGUGAGCGUUGUGAGGGAGUGGUGGGAGAGCUCAAACUAGUGGAUCAGAAAUACACUAAGAAGAUCGGCCAGAUGCAGGAGCAGCAUGAACUGGUGUGGCAAAUUCUGGGUCCCUUGUGUGAGGAGAUCAAGAAGCUAAAAGAGUUGAUGAGUGCCACAGAGAAGGUCCGCAGGGAGAAGUGGAUCGACGAGAAGACCAAGAAGAUAAAAGAGAUCACUGUGAAAGGUCUGGAGCCAGAGAUCCAGAAGCUGAUCUGUAAACACAAGCAAGAGCUGAAAAAGCUGCGGGUCCUUCAUGAGGCUGAGCUGCUGCAGGCAGACGAGAGGGCAGCCCAACGCUAUGUUGGCCAGACUGAAGAGCUACGACAACAGCUGGAGAGAGACCGGGACGAGCAGUGUCAGAGAGAGAGGGAACUGGCCAAGCAGAGGUUUGAGAAGCAGCUAGCGGAGGAGGAGAUGUCUUUACAGCAGCAGAGGAGGAGACUCUACAAGGAGGUGUCUGAGGAGAAGGAGAGACUCAACCAGCUGGCCGCCAGGCAGCGUGCUGAGUUGGAGGACCUGAGGAAGCAACUGGAGGAUAACAGCUCCCUGGCAGGGAGAGCUCUGAGAGAAGAGCUGGAGAAGAGCAGGGAGGAGCAGGAGAGGAGGCACCAGGUGGAGUUAAAAGCCCUCAGAGAACGCCUGGAGAUCGAGAAACAGACCUGGGAGGAGAACUACAUGAAGAAGGAGGAAGCAUGGUUGUUGAGUCGGGAGCGCGAGCUGAAGGAGGAAGUACGUCGGGGGCGGGACAAAGAGAUCGAGCUGGCCAUUCAGAGGCUGGAGGAGGAGACGAGCGGGGCCCGCGACGAAUGUGACCGGGCCGCUGACAAUCGUGUGAAGCGUGUGCGGGAGAAAUACGAGGCGGAGCUGAAAGAGUUGGAGCGCUCUGAGAGGUCUGCCUUGGAAAAGCAGCAGGAGAUGAAGAAGAGACAGAGUGAGAUGGAGGGAGAGCUGAUCACACUACAGGGCCAUCUCAGACAGAGAGAGCAGGAGAUCGAAGACAUCACACAGAUCCGUGACAAGCUGUCUGGGGAGCGUCGCAGCCUGGCAGAGGUUAUCAGGCAGGAGUUUGCUGAAAGACUCAUUGUGACGGAGGAUGAGAACAGAAGGAUGAAGACCGAGACAUCAGAGGUCAGGGCCAGGCUAAGGCUGGAGGUCGAGAGGGUCACCAGGGAGAAGGAGGAGGAGCUGGCAGAGGUCCACCAACGGGUGAAGUCAGCCAUCUUGAAAAAGGAAGAGACUGUGGCUAGCCUUAGGAAGCAGCAUGAGGCUGCUCUGAAGAGGGCAGACCACCUGGAGGCCCUAUUGGAACAGCAGAGGAAGCAGCUGCUCGAGAAGUGACUGACAGGGGGGCAGGACUUGAACAUCACCAUCUCCACCUCCUCUGCCUCUCUCUUCCCCUCAUCACUCCUUCAUCUGUUCUGUCACUUGGGGCCCCACUUUUCCCUCAGUUUUUUCUUUGGUCUGGUGGAUGUGUUUCUGAUGGACUAGAGUGGGAGAAACAGAGAACUUGAGCCUGCCUGACUGUAUCUCUGCAGACUUCUUGAUAAAGACCCAGAUAUUAGAGACCGAGCCUGGCCUCUCCCAAGCAGGCCGAAUACGGUCAGGGAAACGGGCUGGAGAGGAUACCGUCUGCUGUUUUAAGAGCCUCUCACGCUGGAGGAGCCACAGACGAGGGGUGCUGUGAUCUUUAACUGCCCAGUGGACUCCUGGAAGGACUGAACCAUACUCUACCUAUAAGCCUUAUAGACUAGGGGGCAGUGAUUGUUUACAGUACAGAGGCUCAAACAGUAAAGCAGUGAAUGAACAGAACCAUUAUGUCCCCGUAGGGGCCAUGAACCGGGAGGUCUAUGUUCUUUAACUGCCCAGUGAACUCUUGGACGGACGGACUGAACCAUUCUUUGGAACCACCUUUGGAAUUUUGAUGAAUUGUGAACCCCCCCCUAAAAUUUGAAGGAGUGGGAGAGCUCAUUCCCCACACAGCAGAGACUAGGUUGCUGCCACAGAGAAGAGAACUGUUCCAGAUGUUCUAAGCCAGCCCAGGCCUGUGACAGUGUGAAGUUUCCCAGCAGGCAGAGAGAGGUGGAGGGGGCUAGGUGGUCUUUCUGAGAAGGAGGGAAGGGAAUCAGCACCCCAGCACCACCCUCUUCCCCUGCUGAGGUCCUGCAGUUAGUUAUUCAGACACGUUAGUACAGAGUGCUGUUGAAUGAAGCUGGGGCUCGAGGUUGCUCGGCAUUGCCCUUUGUGUACGAGUUACAGAUGUCUUUUGUCCCAGUGCCCCUCUGGGCUAGUGCCAAUUACAGGAUCUGCUGCCUUGGCUUGGUGCAACCCCCCCUUCCCACACACUCACAAUCACACCCUUUGCCCCUGGCAGUCACAAGCCUAGUUUAGCUCUGAUAGGCAGAUUUGUUAUGAAUGUCUUCAUCCAAGUCAAAUCUAACAAUGAGUCUAGAAAUAAUACUAACCUUGGUGUUGACAAGUUGUAUAGUGUGCUAGGAUGUCAAUAGAAGGAAAGAGUGAGGGAUGGGUGUGGGAGUAAUUGUGCGAUGCAGAAAGAAUAUACAGAUAUGAGACAGUGAGUAAUGAUGCUCUGAUAGUGUAUUUAAUCUUAUUGAGAGUCAUGGUUGCGGUGUGGUGUGGGUUUUGAAAGUGAGACAGAACGAGAGAGAAGGAGAGGGCAAUGAAGGAAUGUGCAUAGGAAGUGUUUAUAGGAUUAGGAAAGCUGAGACUGGGACUGACUGGGGUAUGGGGGGCACAACACAAGACUAGUGGUUUCGUGUGACCAGAGACCCAAACCUAAAAGCCCCAUGAGCCUGGUGGGUCUGAUAGGAUGAUAGUCUGAGGGCUACACUGUGACAAAAAUACAUCUAACUCUCACUGAAAGGGUCCAACACUGGGCCCCUCCACUUAACAGAAGUAAAGUAGCCCCUAAACAUCCAGGGGAAGGAACUAUCAAACUGGUUAAUAAGAUUUUCAGAAGCCGUCUAGGUACUUCCUAGUUUUGCAUGUCUCUCUUUUAUCUUGUAUGUUGUUUUUAUUUUUAUAUAUAUAUAUAUAUAUACUUACUUGUGCUUUUUAUUUGUUUACCCCUUAAAAAGUUUAAUGUUUUGUAUGUCCCACUCAGAAACUAGAAACUGUUUUUGUUAUUAAUUUUCAGUCUGAAACAGUGUACUUCUGGGUAACUUCAUAUCCUGAAUGGAAAGAGGACCGAGGGGGGUUGUGAAGCCUGGAAUGCGACCCAAAUGGCAUAAUCUUGGUGCUUCAGUGAGAAGCAAACCCACCAGGAAGUAUAGUAAUUUAGGUGAAAAAGAAUGUGACAGAUGUUAUCCUGUGUGGUUCUGCUCAGUCGGCCCUCUUAUCUGAAUCUAUUUCAGAUGUUAUUUUUUUUCAUAUUUAUUUACUAUUUUCUUUAAAUGUAUUUUACCGUCUGAUCUGAUGCUCUCGUAACUGGCUCCCAGUGUGUUUAUCCUUUACAUACAAGUGCUAUGCACAAAGUGAUGGGUUUUUACUGAAGUCUAAUUUUCAUUUAGUCUCCCAUUAACAUCAAUGCAUGACUAAGUUGAAGUUUGAAGUUAAUGAUUACAAUGCAAGCAGCCCUAUUCCAAGAUGGUGCUUGUGUACCUUUUCAUUCACAGAAACACUACACAUCCACGCCUAGUCUGAGCUGUACAGUUAGUGAUGCUCCAUGGUGCCAUUUUAUUUAGGAUGGUAUGUGUUUAGUAUGUCAGGUUUUGCUGAUGGGAAAUGUAGAGGAAUUUGUGUCAAACACCAAUGUUACAGCUUCCUUCUAGUUCUCCUUUUUAUCCUUGUCUUCUUGGCUUUUCAGUUGGGGGAGGUCUGACAGUGAAGGCUCAACAAUGGAAGCGCUGUCACAUACCGUCUCUCGUCAUCCUAUUGAGUGGAGGCGGGCAACUUCCAAAAAUUCCCAAAUAUUCCCAAACUUCAGACACAAAAUUCCACUCUUCUAAUCAAUAUCACAGAAGCAUUUAAAUGGCAAGGCUUUGAAUGGCAGUUGAGUCACCGUGUGUUUCUCUCAUCUUUAACUUCAUUAGUUAUUAGUCAUUGGCUACAUCCUAAAUGGCACCCUAUUCUCUACUUUUGACCAGUAGUGCACUAUAUUGGGGAUGUACAUAUUUCUGUAGCCAUGGUGGAUAUUACAGGGUUUGUAUGUGGAAUUGGCUCCCUAUUCCAAAUAUACUGCUCUACUUUUGACCAGGGCCCACAUUGGACUCAAAACUAGUGCAUUACAUAGGAAAUAGGGUCCCAGGCACAGCCUUGAUCCCUACCAUUCCUCAGACAGUUGGCAUUGCGUCCAGGGUUGUUGGCCUCUUUGCCCAGAAGGGUGGCAGCAUGACUGGCAUGCCAGUCCCACACGUGCCAAUGAGUCCUGCCUUUGUGUGUGUUUCACUUUGGCCUGGGAUGACCUCCGUGAAACACACACUCGCUCUUACUUAUACCCUUCAUUUGUGUUGAAUUUGAAUUCUGACUUUCUUCACAAACCACUCCAGCUGUCUUUGAUUGUAUUAUUUGUGUUCAGUUUUUGAUAUAUUGUCAUUUUAAUGUACCCCCACGUGUUCUUACUUGUAGCUCCUGGUCUGAAUCUUAACUUGGCUCUACUUUAGUUGUUGUAGUUUAGUUGCAUUGUUAUUCAUGGUGAUGGUUUGAAACUGGGGGACUGUUGACUGAUCCUCAGUAAAAAGAGAAUAAAGAAGAAAAGCCUAUUUGGAAGAGUCCCAGAGUCUCGUCUUUAUAGUCGCUGUGGGAAACAAACAAUUGCUCUCUUGUUUCGUCUCUCCGAGACGAUAACAUUUCCUCAACCAAUCAAAUGCCAUUCCGUGACCUUUGGAAUUGUGCCGUGUGUUUUGAUUAACUGGAAUUUCUGUUAUUUUUGUGGUGAAUAAAUCCAAUUUACAUGCCUAAAAUGUUA